CGGUAAGUCCAUAUAGCUAAAACCCAUUAUUUCUUUUUUCAAAGAAAUGUUCAAUUUCGCCUCUAAAUUGCUGAUAAAUUAUAGAAUCAUAGACUUGAAACAGUGUUACAUCCGCUGUAUUCAAACUCUGCCAUCUUCAAAUUCAGCUUCAAUCUCUAAAGACCAACAAUCUUUAACAGUCUCUUAUCUCACAAAUUUAUGUGGGUUGUCUUUACAAAAGGCUGUUUCAGCCACUAAGUAUGUUAAGAUUGAGAGAACAGAAAAGCCAGACAUGGUUCUUCAAUUGUUAAGAGCUCAUGGGUUUACUAAAUCUCAGAUUACUAGUUUAAUCUCAAAGCAUCCUUCUAUUAUUCUAGCUGAUUCAGAGAAAACCCUUAAACCCAAGAUUCAGUUUCUUGAUUCAUUGGGCGUUGCAAAACCUGACAUUCCUAAGAUCUUAUGUACAGAUGCACAAAUUCUGGUAAGUAGCUUAAAGAAUAGGAUUUUGCCCACUAUUGAUUAUCUUAGGGGAAUACUUGAGACUGAUGAGAAAGUGGUAUGGGCCUUAAAGCGAUGCCCACGUGCCCUUAGGCAUGGCACUGAUACAAUGGUGUCUAAUGUAGGCACUUUGCGUGCUCAUGGUGUCCCAGAACCCAAUAUAAGGAGUCUAUUUAUAUUGGAGCCUCUAACACUACUGCUUAGAGUUGAUUUGUUUAACCAAGUGGUUCAAGAAGUUAAAGAAAUGGGAUUUGAACCAGCAAACAAGUCCUUUAUAUAUGCUCUCCGUUCAAUGUCAGUUAUGAGCAGAUCUCACUGGCAAAGGAAAAAGGAAGUCUUGAUGAGCUUUGGUUGGUCAGAAAGCGAGUUUCUUUUGGCAUUUAAACUACAACCAUUUUUCAUGCUUACUUCAGAGAAGAAAAUGAAGGUCCUAAUGGAGUUCUUUUUGACUAAACUGUCUUUGGAACCUUCAGAUAUCGUUAAAUGCCCCAAUCUUUUCCUGGUCAGUUUGGAGAAAAGAAUUAUACCAAGAUGCGCUGCUUUGGAAUUGCUAAUGUCAAAGGGCUUAAUUGAUAAGAAUGUAAGCUUUAUCUGGGAAUUAAAUAUGAGCAAAAAGCAGUUCGAAAAAAGGUUUAUCACUUGCUUCAAGCAGGAUUCUCCUGAAUUAAUCAAGGCAUACGGCAUACUUGGAUCAAACCCAUAGUUCUAGAUUUGGUAGCAGAAGUAAUGGUGAAGUGAUGAAGUGUUGAACACGAGAAAUUCAUUAGCAACUGUCAUAGGCUUGCAAUAUGGCAGUUAGGCAAUGCCGCAAUGGUUGGAGCAGUAAAUUCAUCUGUGUGUUUUCAUUUCUAUUACCUAAUGACUUGCUGAAAUCACAUUGGUUGACCUUGUCAACCUUGUUCUCUUCUUUCCGCCCGUAGCAAACAGAGUAUUGCUGAUACAAUUCACAGAAAGCUUAAGCGAACUUGUAUUUUCUUGAUGGUCAGUACAGGCUCAUGUUCUUGGACAAACUUUAUUUUCUAUAAAUUGAUUUUGACAGCUUAUGUUCAUUUUAGUUUAAUUUCGUAGCAGUGAACUAGUGCUGUAACUUUGGCAAGUCUAUAUAUGCUUCAAUUUCUUCUUUA